UCGACGUUGUUUCGACGUCUUUUGCCCGGAGGAUGAGCAUCUCUAGUUCUUCGUUGUCUGUUCAGCAACACGCUCUGCGAAAAUGAAUGGUGCUUUGAUGACUACGCGUUCGGGCGCUGCUUCCCCGUCAAGGCCAACCUGAAGGAGGAAGAUCUCGUCAGGUACCAUCUGGGAGAAGAUGAGCUGCAUGUACUGGAGGCUGAGAUGCAGCGGCUGUACCACCUGGGUUACAGAUGGUCGCACACGUACACGCAGUGCGUGUUGCAGGCGCUGCUGCAGGCCAUCCAUGAGAGCGCGGAAUUCGAAGUUGGAUCUUGCAACGACGAACUGGACCAGGACUUGGAAGGCGCCCUCAGGGCCAUCGAGGGAGAGGAGCAGGAGUCUGUGAAUCCGCGCGAUUUGGCGAUCGUGCGGUUCACUCCGUCGGCCACGGAUCCGCACUCCGACUACGCAGACGAGUUCUACUUUCCGGCAAUCGAAGGCGGAAAGCUUCUGCCGGCACCCUUCCGUCAACUGCCCUUGGACCACGAAAAG